UACAGUGAGUUUUUCUUAAGGUCGCAUCAAUAUGGCACCAAAGAAUAAUAAGUACGACGUUUUCAUAAGCUUUAGAGGUGAGGACACCCGUAACAAUUUCACUAGCCAUCUUCACAAAGCAUUGUUGCUUAAAAAUUUACAAGUUUACAUGGAUGAGAGGCUUGAGAGUGGUGAUGAGAUUUCUUCAGCUCUUUUGACAGCAAUUCAAGACUCAAAGCUUUCUGUCAUAGUUUUCUCGGAAAAUUAUGCAUCUUCGAGGUGGUGUUUGAAUGAAUUGGUUCAUAUUCUGAGGUGUAAAGAAAGAUAUGGGCAGAUUGUUGUGCCAAUGUUUUAUCAUGUGAGGCCAUGUGAUAUCAGAAACAAGCAGGGAAUUUUGGAGUUGCAUUUGGUGCACUUGAAGAACGCUUUGGAAGUGACUCAAUGGAGGACUACUUUAACAUCUGCAGCUAAUCUUUCUGGCUGUAAUUCACCCAAAACUAGGUGUGAGUCCAAUUUAAUUGAGAAAAUUGUCGAAGACAUCUUGAAGAAACUGAAUUCUUUGUCAUCAAGUAGUGACUAUUUGAAUAAUGGUCUUGUUGGAAUGAGCAGACGCAUUAAACAUCUUGAAUCAUUGUUAUUAGAUGUUCCAAUUUUGGGCAUUUGCGGCAUGGGCGGCAUGGGUAAGACAACUCUAGCGCGAGCCUUAUUUACUCAAAUUUACAAUCGGUUCGAAUGCAUUCAAAAGUGAUUCUCCACCAACUAGUUUUAUGGAGUUGUCAAUAAAAGUAGUGAAUUAUGCUGCAGGAAUGCCGUAGGCUCUUUAAGUUUUAGGUUCUCAUUUGUAUUCGAAAAGUGAAGAAGAGUGGAAUAGUGCAAUAAAUAAGUUGAAAGUGUUUCCCAACCGAAAGAUUCAAAAUAUAAUAUUGAGGAUAAGUUAUGAUGAUAGAUGAUUGAUAUUUGAGAUAAUUUAUGAGACACUAUGGAUGCAUGAUUUGAUACAAGAAAUGGGCUGGGAAAUUGUUCGUCAAGAAUGCAUCAAAGAGCCUGGAAUGCGUAGCAGACUAUGGAUUACUGAAGACAUUUGUCAUGUCUUAAAAAAUAACACUGGCAGCGAAAAAGUUGAAGGAAUAUUCCUAAACUU